AUGACGGUUCCUAGUUUAGCUGAUAAUGGCUCCUUGGGCUCACUUCUCUUCGGUCGAAAGAAGAUUACUCUGUACAAUUGUCUUGAAGAUGGAGCCAUAUCUGCAUUGCAAUCUUAUACUGAUGAGGAUAAGGAAGAGUCAUUUUACACUGUAAGUUGGGCGUGUGGCGUUAAUGGGAACCCAUAUGUUGCUGCUGGAGGAGUAAAAGGCAUAAUCCGAGUCAUUGACGUCAACAAUGAAAGGAUUCAUAAGAGCCUUGUGGGCCAUGGAGAUUCAGUAAACGAAAUCAGAACACAACCUUUGAAGCCUCAACUUGUGAUUACUGCGAGCAAGGAUGAAUCUGUUCGUUUGUGGAACAUUGAAACUGGGAUAUGUAUUCUGAUAUUUGCUGGAGCUGGAGGUCAUCGCUACGAAGUUCUAAGUGUGGAUUUUCACCCUUCUGAUAUUUACCGUUUUGCUAGUUGUGGUAUGGAUACCACUAUUAAAAUAUGGUCAAUGAAAGAGUUUUGGACAUAUGUCGAGAAGUCGUUCACAUGGACUGAUGAUCCUUCAAAAUUUCCCACGAAGUUUGUCCAAUUCCCUGUAUUUACAGCUUCAGUUCAUACGAAUUAUGUAGAUUGUAACCGUUGGUUUGGUGAUUUUAUUCUUUCAAAGAGUGUGGACAAGGAGAUCGUGUUGUGGGAACCACAACUGAAAGAGAAUUCCCCUGGAGAGGGUACUUCUGAUGUUAUGCUAAGAUACCCGAUUCCGAUGUGCGAUAUUUGGUUUAUCAAGUUUUCUUAUGACCUCCAUUUCAAUUCUGUCGCAAUAGGUAAUCAGGAAGGAAAGAUUUAUGUCUGGGAUUUAAAAACUUGUCCUCCUGUUUUGAUUACAAAGUUAUCACACAAUCAAUCAAAGUCUGUAAUCAGGCAAACCGCCAUGUCUGUCGAUGGAAGCACAAUUCUUGCUUGCUGCGAGGACGGGACUAUAUGGCGCUGGGACAUGAUUAACAAGUAGCGGUCUGAUUCUUGUAGGAAUUGAUGAAUUAGGAGUGCUGAGAAAUGAGAUCUCCAUUCUUUUGUUGUAACUCUUAUAUGGUUUUAUUUGCAAUAGUUUGUCUCUACGCCCUGAAACCUUGAGAUGCUCCCUAUAGCCUUGUAAACGUCAACAUUUGAACCACUUUGUAAACCCUCUAUGAGAUUUUCACUUGUUCUCGUCU